AUGCGCGAUCCUUUGAUCAAGAAAUACAUGGCCAACUCUGUACGGGGCCUGAUGUACUCAAACGGGCCUUCUUUCCCCACAAUCGCCGCUAUCAAAGCUUCGAUCUCCACCCUCAGAAGCGCAGACGGGAAGCAAAACGAGGGGAUUUCCGUGGCCAUCAUCCCUAUCAUGAGUGAACAAGGACAAUGUCACAAGCUACAGCAGAGGCUGCAGGAAUACAGGUUCCGCACACAUGUGGUCAUAUAUCCUGCUGUAUCCAAGGAGGAGAAGCGUGUCCGCUUGAUGCUACAUGCGGAUAACAAGCCGGAUGAGAUCAGAGGCUUUGUGCAUGUGUUGAUGAACUAG